AUGAGCACGCUUCCCGCCUUCGGCACGACCAAGAUCCGCCGCGAGGACCUCCCCAAGGGAGGCAACCUCUGCGAGUACUGCACGGCCAAGUGCUGCCACUACAUCGCCGUGCCGUACGAGACGCCCACCGAGGCAGCCGACAUGGAGUUCAUCCGCUGGAUCGUGCUCCACCACAACUCGACCUUCUUCCGGGAAGACGAGGACUGGUACCUGCUGGUCCACACGGUCUGCGAGAAGCUUGGCGACGACUAUCGGUGCGGCGUCUACGAGACGCGCCCGCAGAUCUGCCGCGACUACACGUUCGACAACUGCGAGUACGACGAGGACUGGACCUACGACUUCUACCUCGAAACGCACGAGCAGGUCUGGGAGUUCACCGAAGCCAACUUCCAAGAGAAAGGCAAGAACAUCCGCUCCCGCCGCCCGAACCCGCUGGCCGUCCUGGCCUAA